UGGGUUUUUUUGUUGUUUUUUUCCCCCCUCUUACAGAAGGGGUCCUCGCCGGUUGCGCCUGUUCACAUUGUCAAUGAAGAGUCAGCUGACAAGACUAAUUUGGGCUUUAUUCAUGCAUUUGUGGCUGCUAUAUCGGUCAUCAUCGUAUCAGAACUGGGGGAUAAGACCUUCUUCAUUGCAGCCAUCAUGGCAAUGCGGUACAACCGUUUGACUGUACUGGCUGGUGCUAUGCUUGCCUUGGGACUGAUGACGUGUUUAUCAGUUUUAUUUGGCUAUGCCACCACAGUUAUUCCUCGUGUGUACACAUACUAUGUGUCAACGGCACUGUUUGCAAUUUUUGGCAUCCGAAUGCUUCGGGAAGGCUUGAAAAUGAGUCCAGAUGAGGGUCAGGAAGAGCUGGAGGAAGUUCAAGCAGAAAUUAAAAAAAAAGAUGAGGAACUUCAGAGAACUAAACUGUUAAAUGGGCCGGGAGAUGUGGAAUCGGGGCCAGGCACCACUGUACCUCAGAAGAAAUGGCUACAUUUUAUCUCUCCAAUCUUUGUUCAAGCUUUUACUUUAACGUUUUUAGCAGAAUGGGGUGAUCGUUCCCAAUUAACAACCAUAGUCUUGGCCGCCAGAGAGGACCCCUAUGGUGUGGCGGUAGGAGGAACAGUGGGACAUUGCCUGUGCACCGGUUUAGCAGUUAUUGGAGGGAGAAUGAUAGCACAAAAAAUUUCUGUUAGGACUGUGACAAUCAUAGGAGGUGUUGUCUUCUUAGCAUUUGCAUUUUCUGCACUAUUUAUAAGUCCAGACUCUGGUUUUUAAAAUUUUUCAUCACUGCAGAAGAACAAGGAUUGUAAGCAUCAAGCAGCUAUCUUUGUGCAUUUUUGUAUAUAAUGUACAGAAUUACAGUUAAACAAGCACUGAAGAUGAGACACUGAACUUUUUAUAGCAAAUGAUUCAUGGGACUGACACAUUGAUGGACAGCUUCUGCAGUGGAGAUCUGCUUAUUGUCUGGUUUGUUUACUCUGUGGUGCCUGCUCCCUUGGUGGGAUUUGCAGGGUUUUCUUGCUUGCUGGACCCAACUCAGCUGAUCUUUGAGGAUCCACUCUCAUAAGUAUUGUGGCUUCCUCUUCUCUUCCUCUGUUACACAUGGCCACCCUUCCUGUUUCUGCAAGAGCUUCUCGAAGCAUACGGAGUCUUGUUCCAUGUCGCUCAACAGACGGUGUUAAGGAGAAAACUGCUGCCUCCCACCUCCAAGGACUUCGGUUCCAGGGUGUGCCUGAGGCUGGAUAA